ACUCCCGUCUCUGACUGGCUCGCUCCUCAGGGCCAGCUGGCAAAUCACAAACCUGGGCUUGAUGAGACUGUCGGUGUACACACAGGAGUUGUCUACCUUGAGGCUGGCAAGGUGCUUGUACUGGGAGUAUUUGUGUGAAGGUAAAGGUGUAUGCAUGCAACUUGAGCCCGGUGACUCGUUGGGAGUAGGAGCUGACUCCUCAUGUGCUGUGGCUAUUGGACUGCCUGAAGACAUGUUUGAGGAACUUAAACUUUUUCCCUUUGUGGAAAAUGAAGAUCAUAUCGAUGACUCUCUCGCUACGGCAGUGGAGGAAAAGAUGGACACCCCCUCCACGGGAGUAGCAAAUGGUAACCAUGACAACCCAGUCAAGGAGAGCCAGUGCGAGGUGACAGGUGUGGCGAGUGAGACAUCGCCAGAACCAGUGACUCGACAGGAGGAGGCUGCAGACAAAACUCACCCCACACAGAAUGGAACAACUGAAGAAGCUGAAGAAAAACUUGAUAUCAGCGACAAAAAGACAGUGGCGCCCCCAACCAACAAUUCAACAUCAAAUGAGGCGGACACAAUCAAAGAGUUCCUGGGUCGCAGUGACACAGUUGUCAUAUUCCCCGAACCAGUCAGCGAUCUGGAGGAGGAACACGCAACAAGCAUUGAUGCUGUGAAUCCAGUGGAAGAAGAAUACACUCUGAAGUGUGUCCACUGCAGCGAGAACUACCAGCGUGUCACCCUGCUUCGUGAACACAUGAAGACACAGCACCCUGACAAGGAGAUCAAGUAUCAGUGUCCCAAGUGUGAUGAGGUCUACCUGCUCAAAACACAGCUCGACAAACAUAUCGCACUCCACUCACCAACAUCCCAGAACUGCAAGGUCUGCAACAAGACAUUCGCAAAUGUUUACCGUCUCCAGCGUCACAUGAUCAGUCAUGACGAGAGCACCGACCUCCGCAAGUUCAAAUGUCCAGAAUGUGGCAAGGCCUUCAAGUUCAAGCACCAUCUCAAGGAACACAUUCGUAUCCACAGUGGAGAAAAACCCUUUGAAUGCCCAAACUGUGGCAAACGCUUCAGUCAUUCCGGAUCCUACAGCAGUCACAUGACAUCUAAGAAAUGCUGGGUGAUGAACAUGAAGGGAAGACGCGUAGAUCGCAACGGCAACAAUGAGGGUGUCAUGUACUACCGCAGCCCAGGACAGUCGUUCAAUGACUCCCUCCAGUCCCCUCCUCCUGGAAGCUACCCACAGCAGUUCCUCAAGUACGAUCCACGUAAUGCAGGACUCCCCACCUACUUUCCUCCAAACCUUACCAGCACUCCUGUGCGUCCUCUGGGUAUGGUUGCCUACAGUCUCUACCCAGACGGCAAGCCUUCAGGCCAUGUUUUACCUCCUCCCAAGCUCAGCCCUCCGACCAUUGAGUGCCCAAAGCCCCCACCAUGCAGCACUUCUCCUGUGUCCAGGGCUCCUCAGAUCUCACCUGAUGUCAACUCCAAUACCCAGCUGCUCAAUCUGGCUGCUUCCGAGAAGAAGGUUGAGGGACCAGACACAAUUAAAGUGAAACAAGAGCCAGAUGAGGCCAAUAAAGGAUCUCGAGCAAAUUCACCCCAUGAAUCUGCCAAGUGUGAGACUAGUGGAGAGUUUGAACACAAGACUAACAGCAUUGGGGAGAUGAUGUGUCGGUUUUGCAGCAAUGGUUUCAAGAGUCCAGUUGAACUGCACCAACAUGAGAGGUACCUAUGCAAGCUGAACAAAGAUAUUGUCCUACGAAUGGCUAACCUAGAAAACUCUCGCAGCUCUCCAAACAGUACUGUGUCCGAUGCAAGUCGCCAUCCCACGCCAAACGGGAGCGUUGGUGAUGCAGGGACGGACGAGGAGGACACUGAGGAGGGGAAGGAGGAAGCUACCCAGGGAGACAAGAAAUACAGGAUGAGGUCGCUCAUCAGUGAUCAGCAGCUUCAGUUUCUUCGCGCACAUUACCAAAUAAAUCCUCGACCAGGCAAACAGGAACUCAUCAAGAUUGCAAAUGAAAUUGGUUUCUCCAAGCGAGUUGUUCAAGUCUGGUUCCAGAACAUGCGAGCUCGUGACAGAAGAAAGGGUAAAGAUGUACCCUACUUCCCCAACAUGGCUCGCUUCAAGGCUGCUGAAGAACUCCCUGUAACCACAACAGCCUCUUCUUACAUACCAGUUGUUCCACAGCCGUUUGCAAGUGCCCUUUCAGCCAGUCAGUCCUCAACACCCUCCCCGAAACUCAAUGGGCAGCUGACUUCGCAUUCCCUCCCACAGACUCUCGUCAAACCUCAGACAUCUAUCGCCAACCAGGACCAGCCUCUUGACCUCACCGUCAAGCGUCAGCCUCCCAAAGCUCACUGCAACUCAACUCCUUCCCCAACACCUUCAUACGGUGAGGACCAAGCUCUCAACCUCAGCUGCAAGUCUACCACUAAAGAAGAACCUUCCAAAGACAGUAAACCACCCACAUCAUCGCCCCCAUCAUCAACCCGACUUGAAGGGAGUUUCCACCAGUCUGCUAUCUUCAAGUACAUGCAACAAGAAGGUCUCUUCCGGAGCAGUCUGUUAACCGAGAUUCCGAAGACAACCAGCUCAGUAAUACCAACCUUGUCUGGCUGGUCUGUACCAACCAUUCCGUCGAAGUCGUCUUCCCCAACUGCAUCUCGUCCUUCCCCAGCAUCAAGGGAAAUCAGCGAGGGAGAACUGAGGAAGAGCCCAUUGCAAGACGACCAGGAGAGCUGUAGUUCAGAUACCUCUUCAGACAGUUCCGACAGUCAGGAAGAGUCAGACUUAGCUGACAAUGGCCGACUUGUGAUAGACGAAGCGGAUGAGAGAGGACUUGACAGGAGUUGUCUUCAAGCUAAGAAUGAUGCACUGUUCCACCACAACUUGAGAACCCUCGCAGAUGUGUCUUUGGCCGAAGGGAAGUUGACUUCCCAUGUUGUGUUUAUUGCUGUGUGCUGCUCCCUUAACACUCUGUUUCUGUUUUCCAACAUGUGCAAGCAGCCAUGUUUCUUAUGGCAGGUGGAAGCAGAAGAAGCUAACCUUGACCUUGAUGAUUCUCUUAACGGCGAUGACGAACCGCUGCGUAAGAAACGCAAGUCGUGGAAGAACCACAAGAUGGAUGUUGACAUCGGGAUGUAUGCCUGUGACCAGUGUGACAAGAUGUUCAGCAAGCAGAGCUCUCUCGCCAGACACAAAUACGAACACUCAGGUGCCCGUCCCUUCUGCUGUGAGGUAUGUGGCAAGGCGUUCAAGCACAAGCAUCACCUGACGGAACACAAGCGUCUCCACAGUGGAGAGAAACCGUUUCAGUGCAAGAAAUGUGGCAAGCGUUUCAGUCAUUCGGGCUCAUUCAGCCAACAUAUGAAUCACCGAUACAAGUACUGCAAGCCCAACGAUGGGGAGGAGGACUAGGGGAGACAACUCAGCAGAGCCAGUCUUCAUGCAACUCUCUGCUGAAGCUAAGUUUCAAGUGUUCUUGCUGCCAAAUAUGCGAGAUGGCAACUAUUAGGCAAUAUGGCAGAAUCUGAAAGGGAGGUAACCCCAACAAGGGAAAGAGCAUUUGCAAACUGUCCAUUCCAUGAUUCAUUAAGCCAUAGAUGAUAGUUGCUAGUUUUCAUCUAUUUUGUCAAAAGAAUAUUGGCAGAGAAUAUUUGCAAUUAUUUUUUACAAGGGGAGGUAACUGCGUAAUGGCAUAAUCAGGGGAGGCAACUAUGAAACUGCUGCAGUGGAUUGAGAGCAUUAUAGCAAUGUCAGUGAUAUGCAAUCGGUCAUUUCUUUUGUUGUUACAGUAUUACAGUUUCAUGUAUUGUUUGGUAUUUAACCAAACGUCUAUGAAGUGCUCAUUGAUGUUACAGAAAGUAAUCAUGAUGUACCUGUUAUUCUACAAGCCACGAUCAAGUGCUUUACAUGCAACCAAUACUUAAUUCCAUAUGGGACCAGAUUUCUUACACGUUUUUUUUUUUUCAUCCAAUGUGGUUUUGAUAUUGUGGUGUGUUUUAUGUGUUAGUCGUAACCGUGUCGGAAUCUCAAGUGAAAUAGCUUGUGGCCUCUCUAGGACAUUAGGACCGUACAUGACCAGGGAUAACAUUUGUUGGUGCCUAGUUUUCUAAGACAUCUUACUGUUGGAUCUGAAUCACUGUGUUAUGAAUGUUCUAUGUGACACUUAUUACUUAACGGACAUACACCACUUGAUGAACGUUUUUUCCUGAUGUCCUAGAGAAAUAGUGCCACUUCAGCGCGACUACUUACCAAUGUAUUCAGUAUUUUAAAGGUUGCUUUGACGUGAGUUUCGUCAUCAACUCUUGUCAACAGCCUUACCUAAGCUUCCCAUUUCUCACAAAGCCAAUUUGCCAUAUUUUAAAGCCAGCUAUUGCUGACAGAGAUUUAUUUCUAUUUAAGAGAUUAGAAAAGAUGUUAUUUAUGGGUUAGAGGUGUAUCUUACAGAGCUUCCAUGACUUCCUAGUUAGGAUGACCGAUCAGAAAUGUUUGUGCCAAUUGUGUAUAGUCUUGCCAGUGCCAACUGUUUUCACUAUGUAUGCGUCACAAGAUGUUUGGUGCCAAAUUGUCCUUAGUCGUAAAAGUUAUUAAUAAUCUGCGCUAUGGUCAAGGGGAGAUAAUUGAAAAUAUUUAUUUACAUGUAGGCUUUUUGUUAUUUAUUAGAUAUUUGUUGGUAGUUUAGGGAUCUAAUGUCCUUUGUUUUAGAAGUUAUGUAGGUUUAUUGUCAAGAUAUUAAAUUUAUUUGCAUAAUACUAUGAAGUUGACCGAAUAGUCAUAAUAGUUUAAGUGCUGGUUAGAUAGCAAUGAUUAGAGUGAUCUGCUUGACCAUGGUGCAACGGUGUAAGUGGUGUUAUCACAUGUGCAGGGUAACACCUGAAACGAUGUCUUUACCGGACAGUAUUAUUCCGAAGCUUGGCCAACAAAAGGUGUCGAUUCGACACCAGGUGCCAACCUUCUAUUGUCUUCCAAAUAAAUGUAUGAGUGUGCUUGUUCACCUGACAUGAGUGAGAGAGAGAAAAUGAAUAAAUGAAUGAAUGAAUGAAUGAAUGAAUGUGUUUAUGUUACAGGAGUACCAGUAUGAGAACUAUGUGUUAAAACAUCUACACAAUUUUGCAUAAGUUUUACAAAAUUUAGUUUCAAUAAGAAAUAACCUUUUACACUUAAGCUACAUUUUCAAUUUUUUGUAAAAAUUUUGUAAAUUCACAUUUUGAGCAUUUAAUUAAACUGGUCUCACAUUUGUUUUAAGAAAGAGUGUUCAUGAAUGAGGCAGUCAGUGCCUGAAUGAAUGUAAAUUGAAUGCCUUGUUCAUUGUAUUUGUUGUAAAUAAACAAUGCUGCAUAAAUAACAUGUAUAAAAAAUCAAAAAGAUGUUAGUUCUAUCAUAGUAUAAUGAUUAAUGUAUCAAAGUAUUUAUAGCAAUUUAGUUCAGCAAGGGCCACAUUGUACUUAACGCCUGUGGAGAAAUACUUAAAAGUCAAAGUGUGCAAUAGGUCGUAAAUUUCGGCUGCCAUAGAGAAGUAUUAUUUCUUUUAAACAGGGUUAUGUUUUAGAAGUAGUCUUGUUUAUCUUAUGUGUUAUCCAUGUGCCAAAAUAUGCAAUACUCUACCGUGCUAUCAGUUACGUUACAAAUAUUUUGUUUCUAAGUGCAAUAUUGGAGGGCUAUGUCUCAGUCAUCUGACAGAUAGUAUAUGUAUUAUAUACUGCCAGACAUAUAUAAUGCAUAAUAAUGAAGAUAGUUUUCUUUCUAUAUAUCUACACAAAUAUCCAUUCUCAGUAUUAAUGAUGUCUUCCUAAUAUUUAUGGAAAGUUUGCAAUCAUUGUAUUAACUGAUGUCAGUGCUAAUAUGUGCCAACAGUAUUAAUCUUAUUUGAUCUUCCAAAUACCAAUUUUAAUUCAGUGCCAGAUUUUGGUCUUCCACUUCGCAAGAAUCUGCCAAACUAGGGCUCAUCGUGAAUACCAGUAUUGUACGUGUUGUGCUAUGUAUCGUGUCAAUGUGACUGUUUCUUUGAAUAUUUUAGGCUAAAAAAAGCUGUUUGGUUAAGAAUCUACAAAUUGACAAGAUUUCAAAACGUCAAACUUAGAUGUAUUGGGUAAAUGUUUUUUAAAAAUCAAUAUUUCUAAAAUUAAAAAAAAAGGUAGAUAAGUCAUCAAAAUCUGAAAAAAGGAAAUUUGAAUCAAUUUUGUUUAUUAAUUAGAAAGUUUAAAUAACAACCCAUCGUAUGAAAACAGAUAAUGGUCAUGUGUAUUGUAACUGCUUAUGAUGAAAGUGAGGUGAUAGAGGUAAUAAUCAGUAUAUCCAUAUGUAUAAAUUUUAAAAAUGUAUUGCAAUAAUGACAGUUACAAAAAGUCAAUAUAUGAUGUGAAAUGGUUGGUAAUACAGUUUGAGAAUUGAUGUUUUGUUGAGAUGAGGAUCUAGUCAUCAGCUUAAUGAGCCAGAUUGUAUCACAGGAUGCCAAAUUUUUGUACAAAGAGAGUAGAAUUAGUCUGUAUGUGUGGGUGUAGUUGUUCCCCUUGGUGCCGUAGUAGGGGCAGGGACGCCGUAUAAUACUCAUCCCAUUAGAUAGUGUUAUUCCACCUUUUCUGAUCGGUCAUCUACUAUAGACAAGAACACCUUGUAUGUACAAUCCUAGUAAGCACAAGAACAGAAUGAUUGAUUUUCCAACCUUUGGUAAUUUCCCUAUAAAAUAACUUCUUUCAAAGAAUACAAAUUCGGGAAACAUUUCGUUCAUUCUGUUUGCAGCCAUUGGAUUGUUCUCUUUUAUUGCAGUAUAUUUUCUAGAUUUCUAGAUGCUAGAUACCCUUGAGAUAUCCAUGAGAUAUAAGCGAUAUUCAACUCGUCUACAGUAUGGAAUCCUAUAUCUUCCAGAUUUCAGCCGGAGGUUGAAACUAUGUACCAAAAAUACUCAUAUUGUUGUUAUGUUGAUACUUUGUGUUUAAGUUGUGUUAUUGUGUUGUUUAUAGUUUAGGCCACCGCCUAAUAUUAUUUGUGUUAGUGUUUCUGUACAUAUAUCAGUGUGUGUCUGUCCUGGUAGUGUCUGUUGCUAUGGGGCUAUUGAGCCUGGUAGUGUCUGUUGCUAUGGGGCUACUGUACUGUUACAUAAUGUGCCUAGCUUCUCUAGUCAAUAGUCUGAAAGCGAAUGGCAACUUCAGAUAUGUAAAAUUCAUGUAGCAUUAUAUUGAAGGAAGGAAAAAAUUUGUAUUCAUGAUAUUUCAUUAUGUUCAGUAUUACAAUAAUCAUGAACAAGGGAAAUUACAAAACUAGGAUUUGGCGAACGAUGAAAAGGUUUCCGCCCUGUACAAUGCCAUCAUAUCUCAGCUUUGACGUGAUGUGUCGUUCCGUGUUAUACUAUAGCAAACAUUUUGAACCUUUUUGGUUCCGUCUCGUGUCAGUCAGUGAAGUAUAAAGUCACUCGUUACAAAUAACACCAUUUUGAUGUUUGCUACUCCUUGUUGAAGAGUUAAAUCUUCAUGUGAUAUACUUUUUCUUGUCACGUGUGGAGUGUUGGGAUGUGUGUGCAUUCCGACCAGUAUUGUCAGGUUUUUGUCUGACAGGGAGUCCGUAGAACCAUGUCCAGUUUCUGUGUCGGGGCUGCUCAUAACACGCUGGACAGACAACUACUUGGGGUGUAACUAUUACAACAUAGUGGCUGGCAUCCGGGUCACUUUAUCAGAAGGAUGAUGUCAUGCGACAUAUAUAUAGCAAUACUAAAGACAGACGAGGAUGUGUGUAAGAAAUUAUGAUAUCUAAAACAAAAUUUAACAGAUUUAGUUUAAAAAUU